ACCUAUGGGUGGGGGUUCGUGAGAGAGAGAUCGAGGAAGGAAGGGAAGAGAGCAGAGAAGCACCACGUACUAUUCUCUAUGCCAUGGCCCGUGUGACGAAGCUGUUCAUGAUAAUGCGAUAGUGUUGGUCUGUGCUUAGCACUUGAUAAAAGAUAGCGGUGACUGAACAGAUGUCAGUACUCACCCGCAGCCCGACCUGUCGGUUGACAGAGUCUCACGUAUCUCGCCCCGUGUGCAUCGGCGCAUCGUCCACCGCACGAUAUUUUCCGCUCUUGCGGAUCCGAACCUCGAGAAAGUGAACGACAGAGACGAGACUUGGAAGCUUUUCGGGGGAGAGCGAGCGAGUGAGCGAGCGAGUGAGCGAGCGCGCAUCGUCACCGCGAAUCACACCGUCGAGAAACGAAGAAUUUCGCACGAGACGAUCGUCGUGUAUUUUUUCUUUCUUUUUUUUUUUUUUUGUUUUUCUCAAGUUGCGACAAGCAGAUCAGAUCCAGGUGCGUUUCUGGUGUUCUCUGGCGACAUGACAAAGUUCGUAGAAGUCUGAAAAUGUCGGGAGGAAGCGACGAGAGCCGUCUUCUCGAUCCCGUUUCUAUCGAGAAAGAUCGUUCACUGGAGAAUCUCGUGCGAGCAGCGAACGAACGUUCGUCGAUAGGAUGAUCAUUGCGAUCCAGAGGCAAUAUUACUUUAAGAAGAUCCGCUGUAAAGCUUGAAUUUCUAAACCGUGUUGUUAUUGUUGUUGUUGUCGACUCGCUCCGCGAAUACUCUCCCGUGCAGUUCGGAAGCAACGAUGUGGAAUCAUGGCUGAGAUGCUCGCCGGAGAGACGACGAAACGGAGGAUCGACAGCGAGAUUCAACUCGAACGUCGGCCGGUUUAAUCGGAAAAAAUCCUCGAAAGCCGCGAUCGCGUGGUCGAUCGUUUUGCCCGUUUUGAGAGCAAAAGCCUUGGUCUCCGAAGCAGCCGCGCCGCUUUCAAUUGAACUUGACAACGCGACACCGACGACUUGAAACGAGGACCUCUAAUUGGAAGGCCAAAGGGCAGCCAAACAGUUUUCCCAUCAUUUUCGCUAAUAAUGAGCGGCUCUCGGUGGAAUUUGUCGAAAGCUCGGCCCGUAGAAGGCGUGCACCACCAAAGAGAGCGUACCGCCACAGCCUCGAAUCAUGCAUGAUGAGCGGUGCGACUAGGCUCGAUCAGGAUUGGAUGAGAAUGGUCGAGUUACGCGGUGGCACCGGAAUGACGAGCGGGUUGAACGGUCGGUCAUCGAGUCGUCUCCAUUACACGAUACUCACGAUUUUGGACACUGUGUUCUCGGCAACGGUGGCCGCCCCGGCGGUCGUUGGCUACUGGCGUGGCACCUGGGGCCUGAGCGACGUCUACGUCUACCCGGAGGACCGGGUGCUCAGCAGCCUGACCUCGAUAGUGAUCGGUUUCGUUGGGUUGUACGCGUUCAACGUCUCGCAGAACGUUCUCAACGAGCUUCUACACCCGGACAAACACCGGUUGUCGUAUUACGUCGGCUCCAGACUUUACACCGCGGUUUUCGGCUUUUGCUGCGUAAAUGCAUGGCGCGGCGCCUGGCAGGCCCUCGACCUGUACACCGAACACACGGCAAGCACCGUUUUCGCCACCACCGCCGUUAGCUUCCUGGCACUGGCGAUCAUGCGUGCCGUGAGGAACAUUUCCGCGCCACCGUUCUCACUUUGCUUGGACACGUGUCCCGGAUACUUCGAAGUGCAGACCAUGUUCCGCGUGAAUAACACGAGGGACUGGUCGUUGUACUUACUGGAUUGUGCCUUCAGCGUCGGAGUGGUCGGUACAUUGGUCGUGUUCGUUUGGAGAGGUGUUUGGAUACUCUUCGAUCUCUACCUUUUCCCGAAAGAUCGAGAAUAUUCCGCGAUCGGAUCCCUCGCCAUCGGAUACGUGAUAGUGACGGUGACGUUUUCCCUGCAACCAUUGAUGCGAUACGCGUGUGCUCGCCUUCAAGGCUUGGCCCGUUUGAUCGCGGCCGAUAGCUUCCUGCUGCUCAGCUUCCUGGGCACGGUGAACGUUUGGCGUGGCAUCUGGAACGUGUUGGACCUGUGGCUGGUCCCGAACAACCCGGAACUCUCCUGCUGGAUCACUCACAUCGGCUGCUUCGUGUUCCUUGUACUUCUCAACUGCAGCAACUCCAUCCUCGUUCGCGGCGUUUACAUCGACGCCGAGGAGGACGACGGCAAAUGCGUCGUAUUUCCUUGCCACUAUCUUCGAUUGUUCUUCAAGGUCGAACGCGAGAAAAAGGAAGCGAGACGACGAAAUCUGCUGGUAGCCUCGAAGGACUUCCGGCCCCGAUCAGACGGAAACGCCAAAGACACGGAAAAUGGCGCGCUUCUGCCAAACAGUACCGCUGCAACCAUUCUACCGACGAAUCCUGAAUCUCUCGUCUAACAAGACUCCAGGAAUUCGACUGAAUUCCCUUUCUGAUCACCGGUCCUUGUGCAAUGUCAAGAAAGAAAUGAAACAGAUGAAAGAGAGACCUCCUGGUAUAGAAGGAAACUGCUUCAAGAGGAAUCAAUACAUUCCCGUACGGCCAGUGAUCGUUUAUUAAAUGAUAAGGCGUCGGUGUCACGGAAACUUUGUUUGUGCAACGAACACGAACGUUAUAUAUAUAUAUAUAUAUACGCGGGUUUCGCAUCGAAGUCGUCGAGAAGUUUGUAAAGUAUCAACGUUACCAGUUAUGCAGGUAGACGAUGGAAUAAGUACAGCAAAUAGCGCGGUAGCUGUAUAGGUAACAAAUGUAGAUAGACACGCAGAUAGUUGCUUAGAACACCGAUUUAAGUUGGUCGGUUAUAGAUGAUAAAUGGACGAAGGGAAAGAUCGAGCGGACGAGGAUGAGUGAAAUCGUACAAGUUCGACGAUGAGUUCGGUGAAUGGCUGUGAACGAGUGACCAUUGUAUGUAUAUAAGGGACUGCGUGUGCAUGUGUGCAUGUGCAAGCGUACGAGUCACCGAAUGUAUAUAACUGCGACGUCGUGCAUGCAUCGAGCGCGAAUCUCUGCGAGUGCAAUCCCGAGAGAAUUCGACGAGAUGACGAAUGACGAAAACUGAACUCGCUUCGUUCACAAAAAUAUGCACACAGGCGUGCGCAAGUUCUGCACAAGAUGAAGGGACACGUGCAGGUCACGGUUACUACGGUCGACGAUUCAAUUCGGAAUUCAAAACGAUUCCGUGAGGGGGAACGAAUCCAUGGAUCCUUGACUCUAGUGUUGGUUCGUCGUGCAAUAAUGAUAAUUUGGCAAUGAAAUAUCAAUGAUCGAUGGACGAUUAAACGGAUGUGCGUUUCAACAACACCGAUGUGCUGUCGUUCAUCCGUGACCCGAUAUUAUAAUUUACUCGACCGAUUAAUUCCUCGCGAGGUGAUUAGUCAGUAAGGACUCGUGAUUGUUCGAAAUAAAUGACACAAGAGAGUAUCACACAGGAUGAAAAGUGUUCCUCAUGCAUCAAUUCCAUAGGAUCUUCUAGUCAUCGUUAGUCGCCGCUUUCAGUCGUCGAUAUCGAACCCGAUACGAUCGAGCAUUAUCGAAUUUCUCCUUUUUAUGUCAGAACGCAGAACGCUGAUUAGCAAAUGCUCGUGCACUCGCGAUCCUAGCGUUAGAUGAGACCUUGAUGAUGACAAUGGUAAUAGACUGGACACGAUCAUUAUAAAUGGGUUAUAACCUUCUCCUCCGCAUCCUGUACACCCCGCAGAUUUUGCUCUUGUACAUCAAUUACGACGUCAUGGCGUACUAAUAAUUAAUUAACUGGAAUAAUGACGGGACAAUGGGCGGCUGGCACAUCGAUGGGAAGUGGCUAGUUCGACGAUAAGCGGCUGCCCUCCUGGCCUACA